AUUGUAAGACAAAUGGUGUAUCAAGAAGGGUAGAAAUUUCAACCAUUGGGCUUGGGUAAAAAUCUCCAUCAAAUGAUAGGCUUCGCUGCAAUUAAACCUGAACUGAGGUUCGAGGCUAGAAGGAAAAAACAAGAACGAAACUCAUACUCGCGUGCCGACAUAGAGGGCUCUGUGUCCCUCCUUCGGUACGCGUGCCAUAAUUUUGUGUCAUUCGCCACGACUGGCUUAGUUAAGUACGGUUGAUCUUUGUUAUUUAUUUACUUUAAAAAAUGUUUGCCAUGUUGACUGAGAUUAUGGAGAUCAGACAUUUUAGACAAAAAUCGAACACAAACACACCUCCUGUAGGUCUAAAGGGGAAAAAAUAUUUUAAAUAUUGAAUACUUAUUUAAGAAAUUUAAAUCAUCAGGUAAAUGUAAAUUUGAAAAGUUGUUUUUUUACCCUUCAAGUUGUAAUACAAUAAAAUUAAAAAAUAAAACGCGAAUUAUUUCGGUUGUCUACAGGAAACAAAAUGGCAGCCCCCUUGAACUUAAUGAAAUGGAGUCAUGCGACAAGAAUUUUUGCGAACAAAGUUAGUUUUUCAAAUAUCGUGUUUAGAUCUAAUUUUAUUUCAGUUGCGCUUUAUUUGAACCUUUAUUUUCUUUAUAUUCAAGAAAAGGAAUAUAUGCCUGGGUAAUUACCACUUCAGCGUCGGUUAUGGAAAAAUCGUGUUGUACCGGUUUUGAAGUUUAAAGUGUUAUUUUUUAGUGUUACUAUUACUAUUAUUAUUAGUGUUAUAAGUGUUAUUUUAAAGUUAUUUAAUAUUUAAACGUUAUUCUUUUAUUAACCUUUAAUUAAGCACUUUGAUGAAAAGGUCAAAACAUUCAGAAAAUAAUAAAGGCGUCUUUUGUGUGUUUAUUAUAGUUGCAGUGAAUUAGGGUUUAGGUUAGGUUAAGAAGGGAUCAAUUUAGGGUUCAGGUUAGGCAAAGGGAUCGAUUUCGGGAUACAUUCGUCAUUCGUGAAAUUCAAUAAAAAUGUGGCAUUCGUUCUUAAAAUUUACCAAUAAAACUUCUAUAACUGUAAAGAGCUUAGAAAGGUUUUAAAUUUUAAAAUAAAAACACCAAGAUCAUCUUUCAAUUUCAAGCCUUGAAUUUCAAGCCCAAACUCAAGUGGUUCAUAUUCAUAUAAGUAUAAGUUUUAUGCAUUUAUUUACAGUUAGUACACUUUUGUCUUGUAAAGUUAGUCAGUACAGUUUGAGUUAGUCAGUAAGAAUAAGUAAUAAGAACUCAAAACCACUUUUUCAAGCUUUUUUAUUGAUUUCCAGGCUUAUGUCAUGUCUAAAUACUUAAUUCAAAGUGUCUACACAUCCUGCGUGCCGUACAGAUAGUGCGGGAGAUAUACAUCCGGCUGGCAUGUCACGUGACUGCCGGACAACUGGAAGGCAUUAUUAUUCCGGCAGGUCAUGUGACAAGAAGUCGCUGGAAAAAUAGUUUGCAUUUGAUAUUCCGUUCCCUAGAAAAUAAAUAAAUGCUGAACAUGUUAAUGUAUUCAAAUGCUCUGAGAUUUAUAAUGAGAUACAUAAAAGUGUUUGACUUUGAUUAUUAAACUACUCGGCCUAUAUACCGGUACUAACUAGUAGUACAAUUACUUCUACUAUUACUAGUCUAUUUGAUUCCAACUCUUCAAAGAAAAAAGUCCCUUAUCUUGGUUAAUACAUCUUGUAAAGCUAUACCUUGAAGCCUAAUUUUAAAAUAUGAACCAAAUAAAAUAAGACCAGUAGACUUCAAUAGACUAGAACUAUGUCAAUAAAGUUGUAUUUCAGGAUUAGUAUUGCAUGAGAUGUAGGCUAGGCGACCAUUUUAUCGGCCCUAUACUAAGAUGUAGGGUCUAUUUCUUUGUGAACUAACUGCCUCCCCGCCUUAAACUUUACGAAGUGUCUACACGUCCGGCGCGCCGGACAAAUAGUGCGCAAGAUAUACGUUCGGCGGCAUGUCACGUGACCGCCGGACGGCUAGUAGUUUAUAUAAUUCCGAACGAAAUGCAGUUUAAUAGAUCUUGUGUGGUCUAUUGGUAGAGUGGUCGCUUGACGAUAUUAUGAUUUGAGGAUCAAUACCGGGGAUAGGAUUGUUUUUUUUCUUCCCGUUUUAAUUAAAAAUAUUUUAUACUAUAAUUAAAUUAUCAUGUUCAUCAGCAACAGUAGUUUCAUGAGAAGUUUUUAAAUAUUUUGUAGUAAUUGAAACAAUUUAAAAUGAAAUCUUUUACUUUUAUUGGUUGCCUACUCCACACUGGCCCCUAAUUUAUUUUAUGGAUUACUCGUACACGAACUCAAAUAACAAACUAAACAAAAAUGUUUACAAGCCACUUUCACUUAAGUUUUUUUCUAUUAUUUGCAUGCAAGAUGUACAUUACUUGGUAGAGAAAUAGAUUUUAAAAUUAACAAUAGUUUUGAAUCAUUCGCGGUCACGUGAUAAGGCUGAUGGACAAAAUAUCUCUUUGUUACGGCGUUCAUGUGACUUGGUCGCCGGACAAAUAGUGCGGGAGAUAUACGUCCGGCGCGCCGGACGUGUAGACACUGCCUAAACUUUAUUAUAUAUCACCCUCACUAUUAUUUUUUUAGUUUUAGCAUUCAUAUUUUUUAUUAUUGUAAUUCUCUCUCCCUCUCGGCAUUGCUUCCUUCUAGAAUGCAUUAUUGCUUAACCCCCACUUUGUUUUUGUAAUUCUCUCUCCCUCUCGGCAUUGCUUCCUUCUAGAAUGCAUUAUUGCUUAACCCCCACUUUGUUUUGGUAAUAUACCCAAGUAUUUUUUUUCUAUUAUUUGUUUGCAAGAUACUCAGUACAUUACUUGGAAGAGAAAUAGAUUUUAAAAUUAACAAUAGUUUUUUUAAUCAUUUGCGGUAACGUGACAAAGCUGAUGGACAAAUAUCUUGCGCCACUUUUUUACGGCGGUCAUGUGACUUGGUCGCCUGAGAAAUAGUGCGGGAGAUAUACGUCCAGCCGGAUGUGUAGAUACUGCCUACUUAAAUGGACUUAAUAGUACAUUUGGAGAGGGCUACUGGGUUUUCGGAGGCAUGUAAAGACUUAUAGAGAGAGGGCGAUCACGUUAAAGCCAUUAAAGGAGUGCAGAGAUAGAUAUAUCCUUCCAGUACUCAUGCCAGUAUGAGUACCAGGCUCACUUCAUGUGGCUUAUUUAUUCAAAUUAUUGUAUCACUUAUACUGGCUUAUGCAAACAUAAACAAGAUCAGACACAUAAACAAUCCGUUGUUGUUCAUCAACAAAAUUUUGUCAAUUCAAAUGACGCUGGUGUCUCACACAAACUGGAAAUUAUGUGGAUGCAGCGAUCUUUUCCCUACAUAUUGGCAUGAUUUCCUGUUUCACAAUUGUUUUUUGUGAAGAUGACAACGUCAUAAAAAACAUAUACAAGUAUUAGGAUCAAUAAAAUGAUUGUAUCUUAUCAAUAAAACAAUAACAGUUUAAAUAGCCCUUCUUCAAACCAUAACAACAUAAUUUUUUUCAUAAUGGACGCUCAAGUGAUAGAUUACCUAUGCAGUUUGCUUUUCUUUUUUAAUGCUUACUUUAAUAAUAGAAAGCCCAGUGAGUCAAUUUUAAGUUUGUUACAGUGUUAAACAGUAAAUGCAAGACUCAGGGCUAAUUUAUGUUCGGUUUAGGAUUCUCUCCCUUUGGUUCAUUCUUGGAUUAUUACGAGAGUUAGCUUUUCUUUUUCUUAUAUGAAAUAAAUUUAAAUUAUAAUUUCAUUGGGUGGUUAAUUAUAAUACUUAAUUAUUCUGAUAAAAGUGGAAAAUGAGUAUAGUAUUGAAUUGACUUGAAUUUUCUGACAACUUUUCAUUUUAUUUUUGUGGAAAUUACAAUAAAGUGUUAAAAGUGUAUUAGAUAAAACUGUAUGUUGGGUUUUCAUUAUUAAAAAAAUAUUAAUGUGCUUUUCUUAUUUUUAUUUUAAAACUUUUCUUACAACAUUGUGUAACUGUAGCACACAUGUGUUAAUUGAGGGAAGGGAGCUACCACAGUUUGUUGAAAAUUCUUGUCACAUAUCUAGAAGGAAAAAAUAAAGUUGCCAAGUUUGCCCCGAAAUUAAUGUGCCAGCUGAAAUAGCGCCAGGAAGGGGGGGGGGUGGGUGGGACAGAAGGUCGUUGAUACUUCUUGCCACAUAUCUAGAGGGAUACAAUAAAGUUCCUACGUUUGCCACGAAAUUAAUUUGCUCAAUAAUAAUGAUCAUAGUUUAAAAAUGAAAAAAAUUGAAUCAAAUACAUCCACAAUCAAACAUUAACAAACGAAAAUAAUGAAAAUUUAAUCAUUAAAAUUUUGGGAGGCUAUACAUAUAAUUAUUGUAAUUCAGUGCAGGUUGUUUCAAUUAUGUACUGCUUUUUAUGUGACAUCACAUUGCUUAACCCCCCCCCUUCUUUCUCCUUCUUGUCACUCAUUGACAAUGUCAAAAAAAUAAAAAAAAUAAAAAAUCCUUUCCUAUAUGUCUAUUUCAGUCCUGUUUGGCUUUGUGCAGAAGUUUUACUCUGACACAAAAGCAUCAUCAAGAUGAAAGCACACCAGUUGAAGAUAAGGGAAAUGUUCAAGUUAAACCUAAAAAAGUCAUAGAUGUAGGAACAAGCAUCAGAUAUAUGAACAGUGAUGGUAUGCAAAGUAUUCAAAUGUAAAUAAUGUGUUUUCUGUGCUAAGGGAAAUACAUUUUUCAAAAUGAACACAAAGCUGAACAAAUAGUAUAGGGACCUAAAUAUAUGAUUUUUUUAGCCUUUUGUUGAUUUCUAGCAGUUUAUUUCUGUAACUUUAUUUUGAGAAAUUCUAUAUUUAAUAUGUUAAGUCUAAGAACUCUUUUUGUUGUUGUUAUAAAUCAAAGAUCUAUUAAAUUAGGUUGGGGAAAAGUUUGUUUGACAUGCCAUUUAUUUUAUGAUAUUUAAUAUUUUCCAUAGCCUAUAUUCAAGGAUAUGGGGACAAGCCUGUGUGGUUUCACUAUCGACGAAAUUUCAAAGGCCAGUACCCUCCACAGACUCGGGAAAAGUGCAUUGUAUGUUAUGCUAAAGUUUUUACUAUAAAGUUUUGCUUAUACGUUGAAAUUAAAUGUGAAUUAAAAUAGUACUAUUUCUUCCUUGAACAAGGAUUGCGGUUCAACUUAACUAAAUGAAAUAUUCUCAAUUAAGUGGCACAGUGAUUGUGAUUCAUUUUUCCUUUUCAAAUAUUAUUAUUCUAGUAGUGUUUUAGGGGCACAAUGAACUUUAUUUAAUAUUUAUAUUGGCAGAGGGCAGGAGAGAUUGCAACAGCAAGCCCUUGUCCUAUUUGUAGAGAUGAAUACCUUGUUUUGGAUGCAACAGUAAGUUUUAAACAAAAUAUUGUUUAUGUACAUAAUGGAAUUUUAUUUAAAUUUAAGCAUGUGAAAUUCAUUUACCCAUCAAAGAUAUUUGGCACAGGCAGUACCAUUACAAACCUACAAGUUGCAAUAUGAUAUUGUCUUACUAUUAAUUAUCCUUUAAUUGGAACAUGGAAUAUUUUUUUGUUCAUUGCAUUAUAAAUUUGUAUAGAGGACUGUAUUAUUCAUUAUUGUAUUAUGAUUCAGCUCCUGCAUAUUACAGAUACUUUUCCGAUUUUAUUUUUUUUAAAAUUUAUGGUCUUUUUGCUGCAUUUUUAGUCAAUAUUUUCUACUUUUAACACAAUUUUAAAAAAGGUGCAGAACUAAACUUCAUUGUGGGUAAACUUCCUUUUUUAGAGCCUAUUUGAAAGGCACCUGUUCCCAUUUGAAAAAGUUUUCUCAUGGAGAAUAUUGAUAAAUUAUUUGGCAGCACUAUUUUUAGUUCAAGACCAGUCGAAAAUUUCUUCAAAAUUCUUUAUUUUGACUAUAGGUAGUUUUAGCAUACUCAUUUUAUCAAGUGACAAUUUACUUCUUGGACUAUGUUGGACUAUACUGCAACUAGUACAGAUGAUCAAGUAUUAUAUUUUAUUUCAGGUUUUGAAAUAAAUAUCAAUUGACUUGAAAUUUUCUCAAUGCCACACGAAAUUAAACAUAAAUAGAUUAUUAAAAUUAUUAAAACUGUUUGCUAACCAAGUAUUUAUUUUUCAGUUCCCAUUAAAACCGGAAAUGUAAAAAAAAAAAAAAUGUAUUCUAUUUGUUAGCGUUCUCAAUCGCCAACUGUGUCUUAUUUAUCAGUAAUUAUCUAUUAAAGGUUUCUAAAACUUGUUGCAUUCAUCCUCAAUAAAUUCACCCUUCUGGUAAAUCUCAGUUAGACCAAAAUUUCAUUGUGUUGAAAAAGGGUUCCGUGACAAACGCGCACAAGACAAUUGCGCACACGACAAACGCGCACAGACAAUCCCGCAAUGACCCAAAUGCGUACAGGACAAACGCGAACACUGAUAGUUGCGCACACGGACAAUGGCGCACACCGACAAAUGCGGACACCGACAAUCGCCCACAGUGACAAAUGCGAACGGCUAUAUAAGCGCACACCGACAAAUGCGCAAAUAGCAAGUUAUGCAUCGCCAAUUUAAAGAUGAUUAAUGGAUUUAGUCUUAGUUGGUUUUCAGCCAAAAUACAUCAUGUUUAAAGCUAACAAUAUAUUAAUAAUCAUAAUAAAUGUAAUAAUAAUUGUAUGCAUAUUUUAAAAAAAUUAACUUUUAAAUGUAUAGACCAAUAGUAUAGUAAUAAAAUGUUCGUUCUAGUAGUACUGCUACGUCAUGAUUUUUAAGAGAUGUCAUUAAAAAAAAUUUAAUUGGAUAUUUAAGUCUUAAUCAGCCUUUAGAAACGUGCAAUGCCAACUCUUAUUUUAAGACUAAUAUUCCUCUUUCUUUUAUUUAAAAUAAAACACAAUUAUUUUUAGUAUAAUGUAUAAGUAUACGUCUUAUUUUCAACUAUAUGCUUAAGUAUUAGUACUGCUGUUAUUUUUUUAAUAAUCAUUUUACGAGCUUCCAUCAUACUACGAUGGUUUAACAUGCUGAUUAAGACUUAAAUAUCCAAUUAAAUUUUUUUUAAUGACAUCUCUUAAAAAUCAUGACGUAGCAGUACUACUAGAACGAACAUUUUAUUACUAUACUAUUAGUCUAUACAUUUAAAUGUUAAUUUUUUUUAAAACAUGCAUACAAUUAUUAUGAUUAUUAAUAUAUUGUUAGCUUUAAACAUGAUGUAUUUUGGCUGAAAACCAACUAAGACUAAAUCCAUUAAUCAUCUUUAAAUUGGCGAUGCAUAACUUGCUAUUUGCGCAUUUGUCGGUGUGCGCUUAUAUAGCCGUUCGCAUUUGUCACUGUGGGCGAUUGUCGGUGUCCGCAUUUGUCGGUGUGCGCCAUUGUCCGUGUGCGCAACUAUCAGUGUUCGCGUUUGUCCUGUACGCAUUUGGGUCAUUGCGGGAUUGUCUGUGCGCGUUUGUCGUGUGCGCAAUUGUCUUGUGCGCAUAUGUCUGGUCACCUUGAAAAAGCAUGUAAGUGUAACACAUAUAUCUGAUUAUAAAGAUCCACUUCUAGAUUUGGAAUGGUAUUACAUACUUUUACAGCUGGAUAAUUUUUUUGUCUGAUCAAUGCUGCUCGUGUUCACUUUAUUCAAACAGAAUACUAAAUUGCUGGAACAGUUCAUAUCACCAUACUCUGGGGAAAUUCUGGAGUCAAAAAAGACAGGCCUUUGUCAAGAAAAACACAAAAAGUUAACUGUUGAAAUUAUGAAGGCUUGGGAUGAAGGUGAGUUUUUACCUGGGUGUUCCAAGUCCGGGUCUCUGUGUUACAAAAAAAAAGAGUUACCUUCUCAUUUUCUAUAAUAUGUUCUGCCCACUGGGGAAAGUCCAAAAGUUGAAAGCUUCAAAACACUUAAUAGCUUAAUAACACAGUCCUAACCCAACGGUUCACAAUAUUUUUAAUGCCACAACCUCUUUAUUACAUUUAUCAAGUUAUCGCGACCCAUAACCAGAAUUAUACCUACCUUGAAAUUGUGAAACAGGUGUUAGGAAGCAAAGUAUGGGGAAAAACUUUUUUGUAGAUAAAAGGUGUUGGUGCUGUAAUUGUGAUUGCGGAUGGAGGGAAGCAGAAAUAAGGGCUGGAGGGUUCUGUAGAGGGGGCUCUGUAAAUUAAUGCCAAGGUAAUUGUUAAUAAAUUCUCACACCUGGUUAUCGUUUUGUGUAGAUGCUGACAUCUAUUAUUUCAGGCACAAAAAAAAAAAAAAAAAAAAAAAGGAAAAAAAACCAUAAAAAAAAAAAAAAAAAUUUAAAAAAAAGAUAAAAAAAAAAAAAAAUUAAUGCCAAGGUAAUUGUUAAUAAAUUCUCACACCUGGUUAUCGUUUUGUGUAGAUGCUGACAUCUAUUAUUUCAGGCACAAAAAAAAAAAAAAAAAAAAACAGGAAAAAAAAUCAUAUACUGGUAAUGUGAUUUUUUAAAUACUGGUAGUGAAAAGAAACUGACAAAUUUUUAUAUUAAAUUAGCUGCUGAUUUCUACCAAAUGAAUAAGAGUUUUUUAAAAUGUUCUGUAGCUGUAGCAUAGUAACUAGAAUCUAGUCAGAUCACUUUAAAUAAUAUUUAAAUUUCAAAAUGACAAUUUAAAUAAGAGAAAAUUAACAAUUUUUUAAAGACACCUCCCCCCUCUCUGUAUUUGUCAGAUCGACCCCUGACUGGGUUUCGACCCACAGGUUGAGAAACACUAUCCUAACCCAUAAACAUGACAAAAAUGAAACAUGAAGCGGAGCUUUGUUAUAUGCGUUAGUGUCGCGGGCAGUUUUAAUUUUUUUUUAUACCAACGUAAUCAUAUUAUUUUUAUAGAUAUUUAUAUCAUCACCAUGGUGAUACCAAUUACCAUACUAGUACUAGCCAUCCUUCAGUUAAGCAGAUUGCUUCCCUCAUUAAAAGUGAGUUAAAUUACAUUACUAUUAUUGAAUUCUAUGACAGAACUUAGAAAUGAUCCACACACACAUAAAAACAACAAAUUUGGCUACUCUGUAUCAUCGGCCAGUCAGAAUGUGAAAUAAAAUAUUAAUUGUAAAUAGAAUUAGAAAGUACAAUGGUCAUAACCCAAGGUAGCAUCUUGCUAAGACAAAUAAUGACACAAAUUAGCAGCAAGUACAUUUUCAGAGCUUUGCAGUUUCUUCAAGCUUAAAUUUAGUUUCACACCAGUUGCUACUCAGUUUUCUAUUAUUAUUUAUUUCAUUUAAUUCAAGUAAAAAUUAUGUAAAAAAGAUGUACUAGAUCUAUUUCAUGCACUUUUCAUUUCUCUUACUUUUACAUUGGGUGGAACACAUUAUAGAAAAUGAGAAGAUAACUUUUUUUUAAACAACCCGAGUUUUUGUUUUUUUUUUUUUUUCGGGUCAGGGUAUGUGCAGAGUGAUUUAAUACUCUGCAUUUCCAAGUUAAUACUCUGCUCAGCCCUACUAAAUAGGCUUUCAUUUUUGAUCAUUAAUUGCCAGAGUUUACUUUUUAAAAUAUAGAAAAUGAGAAGAUAACUUUUUUUUAAACAACCCGAGUUUUUGUUUUUUUUUUUUUUCGGGUCAGGGUAUGUGCAGAGUGAUUUAAUACUCUGCAUUUCCAAGUUAAUACUCUGCUCAGCCCUACUAAAUAGGCUUUCAUUUAUGAUCAUUAAUUGCCAGAGUUUACUUUUUAAAAUAAGUCAGAAAAUCAAAUUUAAAAUUAAUUGAAAAAAUUAUUUAAAGAAAAUUUUGAGUUGAUUGCAUUAACUUAAGUCAUAGAAUAGAUUUUAAUUUUCAAAAUAGUUCAAAUCUCAAGUCAGGGGUAUAUAGUAAUAUAUAUAUAUGAGUAUGUUUCAUAGCUGAAACGUGCUGGUAAAAAUUCUGAAAAAUAUAAAUCUGACUUGACACCUCAUUUCUUGAUAUCUUGAAAGCAGCUUGUAUUUUGUAUGCAAUAAUAAACAGGUCAUACACCACAUGUAAUAUGUUUUGUCAAUCGAGUCUUAUCUUAAUUUUUUUUUGACAGGCAAUCUUGAAGCCAAUGUACCCUUCCGAAGUUAUGACUAUGAGGAUUACAAGAACUAAUUACUCAUGUCUUUGACGUUUAUAUUUUAAAAUGUAAAUAGAAAUAUGCCAGGACUUUCCAUUACAUAUAUUUAUCUUAAUAAAAAUGAGAUCAAAUACUGAGUAACACUUGAAAAGUUAUUGUGGUCAAUUUGAUUUUAUAUAUUUUCUUUGACAAACAUAAACAGUUCUUUUGGAGAACAUUUAGGGAAAGAAAACCAAACAGAUAUAAUUGCUUUUAAUGUAAUUUAAAUAAUGUCUUUCACUCAGAAAAAAAUUUGUGAGAUUAAUAGCAACAAAUUAUUUCAUAUUUAAGCAGUUUAAUUUAAACAUAAGAGCAUUCAAAUUGUAAAUCUUCCAAGGACGAGGUAAAUGGAAUAAUUGCAAAAAGGCUGUGAAAAUCAAAGAAGCAAAAACAUUUAAGUUAGCCGGUUGGUGCAACAGAAUUAAAAAAAAAAUGUUUUUCCAAGAUCUGAAAAUAAGUAGUACAGAAAAUCUUUGUAAUGAAACAUACUUUUUUAAAACAAAGAGUUUAGCCUGGUUCCUUUAAGUCUGCUUACACAAGUCUCUCUUUAUCUUACCCUAGUCUUUUAUCUUAAACUAAUCAGUCUUUUAAUUACAGUACCCUUCUGACUUGCUCGAUCUUUAUGACAGAACAGUUUUGACUAAAUUCAAGUAAAAAAAAAAUGAAAACAGUAUGUGUUUUAAAGCUAUAAACAUGUCUCUUACAAAAACAUUACAUUUCAUUAUUAAUUUAAUAGGAUAACAGGG